CUUUUGUUCUGUUCAUUUUCUCUUUCAUUCUGUAAAAUACUUUUUUGUAACACUUUCUGAUUUCAUCAUCACUACCUUUUGUUUCCUGCUGGUGCAUGAUGUAUAUCUGAGCAUUGAAACUAUGUUGUAUAAUUGUACUUACCAUACUAUAGUUCAGAUUCUGAUUUAGAUUCACAUAACAUACAUAAAGUUGUUAUUUACAUGUUGUCCUACACCAACAUCAUAUAUUAGUUCCCUAAAAGCUAUCCUUAAAUCUCAAUGCUUUUUUAGUGGAACACACAAGUAAGAGCAAUGAUUUUGGAGAAAGACAGAAUUAUCAAAAGGAGAACUAAUAUAAGAUUCUGAUUCUGAUAAUUGAAGUCACAAGAACAAAAGGAGUUCAUUAGUUUGGAGAAUUGUAUUCAAUGGACACAGAAGCUGAAACUGUGCAGCCUCAGGCUGCACCAGUAAGGGCUCAAAGGAAGAAAAUGACGAAACAAUUGACGGGGAAGCGCGACGAUACGCCGUUACAUUCAGCAGCAAGAGCAGGGAACAUGGCUUCUUUGAAGGAUACAGUUGAUGGUGCUGAAGAGGGUAAACUGCGCGAAAUAUUUGCAAAGCAGAAUCAAGGUGGAGAAACAGCACUUUAUGUUGCUGCUGAGUAUGGUUAUGUUGAUAUGGUUAGAGAGAUGAUUCAGUAUUAUGAUCUUGCUGAUGCUGGAAUUAAAGCAAGAAAUGGUUUUGAUGCACUUCAUAUUGCUGCUAAACAAGGGGAUUUAGAUAUUGUAAAGAUCCUAAUGGAAGCUCAUUCUGAAUUGUCAAUGACUGUGGAUCCAUCCAACACCACCGCCUUACACACAGCUGCAACACAAGGACAUACUGAGAUAGUGAAAUAUCUAUUAGAAGCAGGUAGUAGCUUGGCUACAAUUGCUAGAAGUAAUGGUAAAACAGCUUUGCAUUCUGCUGCAAGAAAUGGACACUUGGAGGUUGUGAAAGCGAUUCUUGAGAAGGAGCCUGGUGUUGUUACAAGGACUGAUAAAAAGGGACAGACGGCGCUUCACAUGGCGGUGAAGGGACAGAGUCUUGUGGUGGUAGAGGAGUUGAUAAAAGCAGAUCCAUCAACAAUAAACAUGGUUGAUAAUAAGGGUAAUACAGCGCUGCAUAUAGCAACCAGGAAGGGAAGAACUCAGAUUAUCAAGUUGAUACUUGGACAAAGUGAAACAAAUGGCAUGGCAGUAAACAAAAGUGGCGAAACAGCGUUAGACACAGCUGAGAAAACAGGAAAUUCUGAAGUAAAAAGCAUUCUUACAGAACACGGUGUUCAAAGCAGCAAAUCGAUAAAAUCUCAACCAAAAACAGCUGCAACCAGAGAAUUAAAACAAACAGUCAGUGACAUAAAGCAUGAAGUCCAUCACCAACUAGAACACACUCGCCAAACGCGAAGAAGCGUUCAAGGAAUCGCAAAACGUCUCAACAAAAUGCACACAGAAGGACUCAACAAUGCAAUAAACUCCACAACAGUCGUCGCAGUCCUCAUAGCAACGGUUGCCUUCGCAGCCAUCUUCACUGUCCCAGGCCAAUUCGUGGAUGAUCCAAAAAAAGUUCGUAAAGGAAAAUCCCUUGGCGAAGCAAACAUAGCUUCAGAACCUGCGUUUCUAGUAUUCAUCGUGUUUGAUUCGGUUGCGCUUUUCAUCUCCCUCGCGGUUGUGGUGGUUCAAACAUCAAUAGUUGUUGUUGAAAGCAAAGCAAAGAAACAAAUGAUGGCUAUUAUUAACAAACUAAUGUGGGUAGCUUGUGUGCUUAUAUCUGUGUCAUUUUUGGCUUUGUCAUUUUUAGUUGUGGGGAAAAAACAAAGAUGGCUUGCAAUUGGGGUAACUAUUAUUGGGACUACCAUAAUGGCUACUACAUUGGGUACUAUGAGUUAUUGGGUUAUUAGGCAUAGAAUUGAAGCUUCAAGUAUACGAAAAUCUUCAAUGGGAAGUAGGUCAAGGUCUUUUUCAGUUUCAGUUGUUAUGUCUGAUUCUGAGAUAUUAAACAAUGAGCGUACUAAAAUGUAUGCUAUUUAGAAAUUUAGAAAUUAUUAUAAUAAAAAAAUUUCACUUCCACUC